AUAAAAAAAUCAUUCAAAAAAUUUCGCUCUUCCCUUGGUGGAGGUGCUGGUAGCAGUCGAAAGAAAAACAAAAGCACUAUCUUAAGAUUACAAAGGAGAGAUUAUUCCAAUUAUCUACGAAAAAUGGCUCAAGAUUCAUCAAUAAAUGAGCGAAAUACAGAGGAGGAGCCUUCAACAAGCAGAGCUGUCUUAACAAACAGUCCACUUAAAAAAAGAAGUCCUUUUAAGAAGAAAUCGUUUGUUAAAUUAAAAGACAACAAAUACAGAGACGAACUUAUCGAGAAAUACAAGCUGAAUUCCAAAAAAAGAUUUCCAAUUGGAUUGAAUGGUCUUUCAUCGCCAAGCCUUAGUCAAGCUACGUCAAAGAAAAUUAUCCAUCAAAUUAAAAAACGAAAUAAUAAAUCGUAUAACAAAAGUCCCGCCAAAUCAAAUAUGCUAGAUGAAACUCCUCGUCAAAGAUCAUCAAAUGAAGGAAGAACAACAAAAAUUGAGGUUAUAGAUGAUGAUUGCAUUUGCAUAGAAACCAAACCAGAAGUUAUAACUAUUGAAGAUGAAACUAUUGCUCCCAUGAAUGUUGUCAAAGAACUGGAAAUGAAAUACUUAAAAUUUAAACAAUACGAAGCAAUAGGUAGCAUUCGUAUGAAUCAUCAACUCGAAGAUAAUAAAAACAAUCAAGUUUUAACUUCAACACCAAAUCCAAAUCGAUCAAAUGGUGUUAUGUUAACCCGCGGUCCAUUUAAUCAAGACGCAGACUCUAGUUUUGGUGCAUUGUCAUCUAGUACAAUAUGUUACAAUUCCGAUGAUAUUACCAUUGUUGAAGAUGUUAGACCUACCACCACCAAUGAUGAUGUUAUUGUUAUUGAUGAUACAAUUGUACCUAGUAAAAAAAGUUUACGACGAGAGGCGGCGAAAAGAAAUAGAUCGAAAAAUAAUGAUGAUUCGGUGAUAUUUGUUAGUGAGAAUUUUUCACCUUCUAGAAAACGAACAGCACCUGCACCUGCUUUUAUACCAUUAAAUACACCUGCAGAAGAGGUGAAAAUUAAAUUGCCACCAAUUCCUGACUCACCCCCAAGGCCGAAACGAAAAUGUACCCAACGUAAUAAUGAUCUUUUUACGUCCAGAGAAGAGAAACAGCUCAAACAAUACAAUGAAAAUGCUUAUAAUCCCAACAAAGACGCAGACAAAGAGAAAACAGAAAAGAAAAGAAUGGUCAUAAUCGAUGGCAGUAAUGUAGCCUACCAACACGCUCUUAACAAAGAGUUUUCGGUAAAAGGUCUUAAAAUAUGCCUUGAUUAUUUUACUAAAAUGGGUUACGAGGUAAAAGCUGUUGUGCCACAGUAUCGUUUGCAAAAGCAAAAAUCAUCAAAUCCUGGAGAAUUAGAAACGUUACAUCGAGAAGGUAAAAUAGUUUUUACACCAUGUAAAAAUUUACCUGGAAAAUCUUCAACUUCAUAUGAUGAUAGAUUUAUUUUGCAAUUAGCAUCUGAACUAGAUGCCGCUGUUGUAUCAAAUGACAAUUACCGUGACCUUCUCAAUGAGAAUGCAGCACUUAAAAAAAUUAUCGAGAAUCGUGUUAUUGGUUAUACAUGGUGUAAUGAUGUAUUCAUUUUACCAAAAGAUCCCUAUGGCAAAUGGGGUCCAACACUCGAUACGAUUCUCAAUCGAUCGUAGAGGGAAAAAAUUAUUUUAAUUAAAAAAGGGUUUUGUGUAAAUUCGUGUAUAAAAAAAUUCCAUCUUUCCUUUUUUCGAGAUAAAGUUUAUUUCUAUAA